AUGAGUUCAAUCAGGGAACAACGAGUUAUCGUUAACACAGCUCCUCCAUACGUGGCUCUUAAGACCAACAGUGAGCUCCCCACUGUUUUAACGGUGGCCACUUCGGACUCUAGCGGUGGAGCAGGGAUCGAAGCUGAUCUAAAGACAUUUACGGCGCACAAAUGCUACGGAUUGACAUGUUUGGCAGCAUUGACUGCACAGACCCCAAAAAACGUUUUUUCGAUACACGAGGUGCCCAGGGAGCAUUUCGAGCUGGCUCUCACCAGUAACCUGAGAGACAUGCGUGUAGACGCGAUCAAAACAGGAAUGUUGACGAAAAACUCCGUGGAAGUACUAUUGGAAGUGCUUUCAGCAAUGGAACCCAGCAAAAGGCCCUUUCUGGUCGUGGAUCCGGUCUUGAUAGCUUCAUCGGGAGCAAGUUUGGUAAAGGACGAGUCUGUAGUGCAGCGGAUCAAGCUUCUGGCUCCAUUGGCUUCACUUUUGACGCCCAACGUUCACGAAGCAUCCCAACUUUUGGGCUGCAGCGAAGAAGAACUGCAGCUUCGUAGCGUAAAAGACAUGAUUUCGAAGGCAAAGGAACUUCAAGAAAAGACUGGCUGUCCUAACAUUCUGUUGAAGGGAGGCCAUGUUCCCUGGACAGACAAAGACAACAAGUGUAUUGUAACUGACGUUCUUUACAAAGCCAACGACGAGUGUAUCGUCUACGAAAGUGAAAGAUGUGAGUCUAAAAACACACAUGGCACGGGCUGCACACUUGCGUCUGCCAUCGCCAGCAAUUUGGCGCGCGGAGAAACAUUGGAGCAUGCCGUUUACGGAGGUAUUCAGUACGUUCACAACGCCAUUCAAGUGGGUUGCCACGUUUCCAAUCCACACAUAACGGAAAAUGGUCCCAUCAACCAUGUUUAUGCUAUCAAAGCGCCAUUGCUCGAGAUGGUUGACGACUUGUGCUAUUCAGCACACGCAUUAGCUAUCAGUACAGACGACAAAUUUGCGACAAAACAGGACCCCAGCGCUCGCUCUGAUGACUGCAGUAGACGGAGCAGCAGCACUAGCAGCCUCGUUUCACAGAUUCGAGACUCAGGCCAUUUCUUCGAGUACCUGAUUUCUGACUCACGCGUCAAGCCUCAUUGGGAGUCUUACGUGAACCAUGAGUUUGUAAAACGAGUUGCCAAUGGCACGUUGGAGCGGGAGAAAUUCAAGUUUUUCUUGGAACAGGAUUACGCAUAUCUCGACAACUACGCCCAGGUGCAUUGUUUGGCCGCCAGCAAAGCACCAACUGCGGAAGAUUUUGACAAAUCGGUCGAUAUUGUGUCAAAGAUCAAGACUGAGAUGAACAAACAUCGCGAGAAAAUGAUGGCUCAUUUCGACAUUGACGACAUGAAGCACUUCGACCAGAUUCAAAUGGGAUCCGCGUUACGCAACUACGCGCGCUUUUUCGAUGACGUCUCCAAACACGGUUCGUGGGCCCAUUUGUGCGCUGCGCUGUCGCCGUGUCUGAUGGGAUACGGACAUGCUCUACGCAACGUCAAGGACGAAGUUACGGUGGACAAAAAUGACAUUUACUACGCUUGGUGCCAGGACUAUCUUGCGCCGUGGUACGUGGAGGGUAUGGAAGAGGGUCUUAUUUUGCUCGAUCGAAUCUGCCAGAUGACCGACGACUGGGAUAUCUUGUGCGAAAUAUACGCUGCCGUGUGCAAGCUCGAGACCGAGUUUUGGGAUGCUGCGUUAAACUUCAAAGACACGCCAGCCGAGCAGAAUUGA